CACGUCUGCAUUCAAUGCAAAAAAUCUCGACGAAAACAAGUAAACUAGAAAAUAAGAGUACCGUGUAAAGAUAUUAUUCAGUUUAUAUGUAAAAGAUGAGUGUAAAUAGUGCGAAUUGAUUGAUUUAUUAGUAUUAGAAAUUUUGUGCUGGUUGUUUAGUGAAAAUGAAUGGCAAAAUGCAUAGUGAAACCAGCGCUUUCUCAUCUGACGACAUGCGCGCCGAAUUAUUGAACCCUUUUGUGCAUAAACUGGAAUUAGAUAACACAUAUGAUAAAAUAAAGACGGCGAUAUUCACAGUAAUACUGCUGCCGUUCCGAGUGAUCGUCAUAUGUUACCUAAUAGUGACCGCCUGGUUCCUCGCCUGCAUUGGUCUGUACGGCCUUAGCGAGGAAGACCUCAGGCGGAAACCUAUGACAGGAUGGAGAAGCAAGCUCCGCUUUUCCAUCCUCUCCCUGAUGCGGUUGGUGGUGGUGAUCGCCGGUUUCCAUCGCGUCAAGAUCCUGGGCGCCAAGCACGCGCCCAGCGACCACCGCGAGGCGCCAGUGGUCGUCAUGGCGCCACAUUCCAGCUUCUUUGACGCCAUCGCUAUCGUGUGUCUUGGCGCGCCGAGCGUGGUCGCUAAGGCGGAUACUGCAAGGCUGCCGUUCAUUGGACAAUUAAUAAACUACACACAGCCGGUGUAUGUGUGGAGAGAUGACCCCAAUUCCCGGGCCAAUACCAUCAAGGAGAUUAUCCAGCGUGCCACGUCUAAGGAGGACUGGCCCCAGAUCCUGAUCUUCCCAGAAGGAACCUGCACGAACCGGUCCUGCCUCAUCACCUUCAAGUCCGGAGGGUUCUACCCAGGAGUACCCGUCCAGCCUGUCACUAUCCGCUACCCCAACGCCAGGGAUACUGUUACUUGGACCUGGGAGGGACCUGGAGCAUUGAAGCUGCUCUGGCUAACACUGACGCAAGUCCACAGCUCGUGUGAGAUCGAGUUCCUGCCCGUCUACUACCCGAAUGAGGAGGAGAGACGGGACCCCAAGCUAUACGCCAGGAAUGUACGCGAUGUUAUGGCCAAAGCCCUUGGAGUACCAGUGUUGGACUACACUUACGACGACUGCCGACUGAUCGCCAAAGCCAAACAGUUGGGGAUCCCAAGUGCGCCUUCAGUUCGGGAGGUGGCUGAGCUGAGAGCACAACUUGGGUUAGAGCGUUCCCAGAUCGAGCUGCACCUGAUCUCGCAAGGCGUCGCCAGACGCACCCGCUGGCUCGACGCGGACGAGUUCGCGCGGCGCCUCGGCGUGCAGCCUGCGGCCGCGCAGCGACUCGCACAGCUGUUCACACAGCCGUCGAGCGGUCUGAUCUACUUCCCGGACUACCUGUUGUGUGCUGCGUUCUUGAUGACGCAGCAUGCGCCGCUCACACAACUGCUGUCUUAUGCCUUCAAGCUAUACGACAGCACAGGAACAGGCCGCGUGAGCGCAGCAACAUUCGAGGAGGUGGCGGCGCGCUGCCUCGGGCUGUGCCAGGAGGACGCGCACAACUGCUUCCGCCAGGCCGACCAGGACGAGAAGGGCUGGCUCACUUACGAUGAGUUCAUCGCGUUCGCCCAGAAGAAGUCGUGCUUCUCGUUUCUGUUCUUGAGCGAGGGCGCGCCGAAGCCGAAGGCGCAGUGAUCCGAGCUCGCCACCGUCGCCACUGUGUCCGCGGUGCUCGACAAUAUGGCGUGAGCUAAAAUGAAAAAUAUGAGAAAAAUGCCAUUAAAUUGCUGAAUAUUCUAGAACCGUGAAUCCCGGUCCCUUUGCUUAGGAUUCCUAUCUAUCUGCACCUGACUUUAAAAAUGCUUUUACUUUUAAAUGUUAAUAUAAUGGCCAAAUUGCAAAGUACAGGUUGCACAAAUAACUGCUAACACACGACCGCACCGUGCCUACAUUUUCCAUAGAGAUAUUUUUCUCAAACAUGCAAUGAAAUAUUAUCUUUACGUUCCUUAUAAAGGGCUCGACGGUAUCGCUUUUUGGGAGCAAUAACUAGAGAGGCCUGUAAAGGGAUUUUAUACUAAUUUUCAAGCCUAGGCCUUUACUAGGACUUACCGACUUACCUUUUAUGGCAUUCCCGGCCUCGUAUCCCUAUCCAUAUAUAUACCCACCAGGCCGGUAAUCCUCAUUUUCCCGGCCUCUACUAUAAUGUACUAUAAAAUCCUAAGCAAGGAAACGGGGUUUUGCAGUACAAGUAUGUCACACGUUUACAUCGUUUAAUUGUAAAUUAAUAAAGAAUGCAUUUGCUUAUAACAAAGGAUAAUUUAUAUAUUAAAUUCGUACACUACUGUUUUCUCAUGAAUAAUAUUAAAUUAAAACGUCUUGAAAAAUUGUAGUUUAUAGUAAAUAUUAACAAUAAUAAUUUGUUAUAAAUUUAUGCGACUGUCAAAAUGAUUUCGACAUGAAAAUAAAUCAGUACGAGUAUUGAAAGAUGACGAAAAAACUAAUAUAAAUAAUCAAAGGCCCUUAUUAUUAAGUAUUAAAUAAUGAUUAUGUGUCUACAAUAUCCUGGCAGUCAAGCAUAUCAGGCCGUCCCUAUCGCACUAUUUGUAAGUUCGAUGGGGACGGCCUGAUGUUUUAUCAUUUGUCGCGCGACCAUGCUUGCCUGCCUGAUUAAUGUGAUAUUUUUAAAAGACAUGUACGAUAACUAGUACUUACCUCUAGUGAUACCAUCUAUGUAUUACAUUCGAGUCUUAAACUUACAAUUAGAAUUCUAAAAGAAGAGCGGAAAAAAUGUCUAUGGAUAUGUUUUAUACUCUGGCGCAACGAGUUUGUCAGAAAAAAUAUUUCGCAGCUUUAUCUGCUGAAAGUGUCCGAAUAUAUUGCUUUAAGGGCUAAAUGGAAUAGACUAGAAGAUAACAUGUGAAUUGUUCUUUUCCUAAAUGAUCGUUAUAAUUUUCUUAAUCGACUUCUUUACCGUAUCUUUAUGAGGUUAUGUGCUUUAGCCUAUUUUAGUUUCGGUUCCACACUAAAGUGGGAAUGUGCAAGCGACAGAGUUAAGUGGAGGAAAAGAGAGGAGCCCUUUGCCCAGCAGUGGGACACUAAAGUAGCUGAUACUUUAGUGGAAUAAAAACCGUUUUAUAAGACUUUAUGUUGGGAUUUCGGAUGAAAUGGAACUUUUAGGCAUAGGAGUCACAUUUUGUACAAAUGGAAGUGAUUAUAUUUGACGAACAACGGGUAUGAACAACUACAAAUUAUUAGAUUUGUAAGACUUAGGAGUAAUAAUUUUACCUGCCUGCCUUUACACCCAGUGGCUUGAACUAUGUACGCCAGUAUGAUUAUAAUUUAUGUAUUAAAUUAAUUUUAUUUUAUUUUUAAUUAAUUAAAAUGUAAAGCACAUAAGAAUAGAUCAAGUCAUGGAAUAGAGGCUGCCUAUUUAUUUUUUACUUGUAAAGCCUUGAAACAUUUUAACUAUGGAGACUACCAUCAAUGGGGUGACAAAGAACACAAGGGGUUACUAUAAAUAGAAAAUAGAUCCCAAAAGCCCAUUAAGGGUUAUUUCCAUAACUAGACCUUGUGGCUCAAUCAGUAACUUUAUUCAAAAUGGAAAUAAGCUUACUCAUUUAAAACUCCAGUCAAUUCUUCAAAUCAAUUUAUAUUUUAUUCACAAGUUGUGCCAAAAACAGUGAACAUCCUUUGAGUAUUUUUUUUGUUGAUAAAACAGGCAGUCGUCCGUCCAACAAAAGUAAAAAAAAUAAUACGAGAUUUUUUUUCUUGAAUGUUCCAAAUUAGGACCGGUCUACACUAUUCUAAAUAUGCUGCCCUUUCGACUGUUUUUGUUUCAACUUGUAAUAAUAAAUUUUUAUUAAAGUAUUUCUUUUUUUUGCACAAGAUUAUCACGCAUCGCCAUUAUUAAGUGUGAUAAUCAUCCAAUCAUUUAAAAUAAAUUCUGCAAAACAUAUAUUUGAAAUAACAAGCGUAGGGGUAGAAUUAGUUUGUAUUUAUAGUUUUAAAAUGCUCAUAGUAAGUAAGAUUCAUGUUUUUGAAUAAGCCUAUAUAAUUUAUAAAAUGAGGCUAAAUAUUUCCCUGUAAUCUAAGCCAUUCCCUUUACCCAUAGAUUAGAGACAUAGACGUCGUACCUAGUAUUUAUAUUAUAGUUUUAUAUUGCGAUUAUUUGUAAAUAUAGCUUAAUACGUACCUAUAAUUUACAUCGUAGCCAAUGUCAAGUACCUACAUGUUAAAUUGCUCUUUUUAUAAACCUGCAGGCAGUAUAGAGUUCUCUCUUUUCAAUUAAUUGAACUAGUAUUGAGUAUUACGAAUAGAACAAUCAAAGUGAAGUAAUAUUUUGAAUUAUGAGGAGAUAUAGUAACUUUUUCAGAAAUUUCGGUGCAGCGUGGUAUAUAAGUGCGUUUUCACAUUAUCCGAUCUAAUAUCGGACGUAGGACCGAUAUCUAUACAUUAAGGACUGGCUAUCUUUGGUUUUCCCUUUGUAAUCCUUCCGACAUCCGAUACCCAAACGCUUCACGAUUCACUCACGAUUCGUUCACGAUUCGCUGACGAUUCGUUCACGAUUCGCUGACGAUUCGUAAGCGUUUCAUGAAGCGUCUGUGCAUUCGGCUACGCACCCGGAUCAGAUAAUGUGAAAACGCACAAAAUGUUUCAUAAUGAAUACACGUGUUUUCUUGGUAAAUGAUCAGUUAAGGCUUAUUUUACUAAAUUAGGACAACGCGACAAUGUUCUACUAAAAUUGCUGGAAAAGUUACGGUUCUGGUUAUGAGUUGUUGUGGUUUUGACAACUAACCAUAGAUUCUAAGCUUGAAUCUCGCGGCCGAAACACGUAAGUAGACGUUUUGACACAAGUUACGGCAAUUUGUAAAUGUGGCUUCUUUAUUGUAUAAUAAAAACUUUCAGAAUAAAUAAAUUCUUGAUUUUACAUGUAGUAGAUAUAACAUAUGUGAUUCUAUUGACAAUUUUGUAUUGCUUAUAGAAUAUGCUGUGAAUAUUGCAUUAGAUGAAGAAUUGGAGUCUAGUGAUAGUUUUACUAUUUUAGAUAAAUACGGGCUUGUAAUCUCACUCUUCCUUUUAACGUCACUUCCUAAGUCAGCCAUUUUAGUAGAUGUUUUCUUUGUAUUUAUUAUUUUUUGACUUUAAGAUAAAUAAGGACAUGGUUUGUAAUUGGUAUUAUGAGAACUUGAAAAGGACUUUGAAGCUUGUUACAAGAAUUUCAUAACAGUGACAAUUGUCGCCCGACAGUGGCACUUCGCCGUUCAUUGCCUGUUCAACAAGGGAAUAUUGACGCUGAGUAACAAUGUUACUUAUCAAACCAGAAAUAGGCAAUGUCACUGUGGUGAAACAGCCCACAGGUUGUUUUGAAAGAGACAAAACAAUAAAAUAGUUAAAUUAUACACAUUUCAAAAGGGAAGCAAGUAAUAUAAAUCAAAUGGGGUAAGAAAUGCAUACUUUAUUUUAGUCGGGGCGAGUUAAGUAAGUUAUAUUUAAUGAUAAUGUGACUUUCUUGCCCUAUUGUUUUUUUUAACCCUAGCUACCUAAUCUUAUAGAUAAUAUUUUGUCAGUUUAAUUUAUGUCGUCGCCUUAUUUUGCGAUUUCUAUGCAACAUAAUACAAUAUUUGAAAAUCGUGAUCACCCAGUAUUCAUAUAAAAUAGUUGAUUGUUAUUUAAUUUAUUUGUUUUCAUUAUUUACUGUUUAAUAUGAGAUUAUUUUGCUGUUGAAUUACUGUUGUUUUUUACUAUAUUAUUUAUCUAGUAAUAGAUACAGAAUAUUUCCUAAAUUAUUGUCUUCGAUUAUGUGCUUCUCAAGAACUUCCACAACUUCUGUACAAUGUGUAUGUUACAAUUUUCUAACAUUAUGAAUCAAUUUAAGAAUUUAUUACUAUCUAUGUUUUUAUUUGGUAUUAUGUUGUAGCAUUCCGUUGUUAUUGUUGUAUCAUUUUAGGAUCAAUGUAUGAACUGCUAAAAUAA